UUCAGCCAACGGAGCCUCACAGUGGAAGCGAGUGCGAGCUUUGGUCUGAAGCACCAUACCAAUUUUUUUUAAAGAAACUCACAAACCAUCAAGCCAACAGACAAACGAAAUAAAUAGCCCAGCCUACAACUACAACAAACAACGGAAAUUGUGCAAAAAACCCAACAAUAACAACAAAAAUUACCAAAAAGGAUUAAUGUGCAUUUUCGGAAUUGAUUUGCGCGCAUUUCAAACGAAUUAGUUUUUAAAAAUCACAAAAAAAUUUUUAACGAAAACUGAAAGUGUGAAAAAGUGAAAAACAUUUUUUACAAAUUUGUGGUAUUUUUUUUUGUGAAAAAGUUACAGUUGUCGCGAGCUCGAGGGAAAUAUGUGGAAGCGCACAUUAUUGUUAGUGUGCCUCAGUGGCUGCUGCCUGGCCGGACCGCUGCAUGGAGUUAAGCGAAAUGUGCUGAUUGUGCAGCGCGAAGAUGAUGUGGAGCGUCCCGCACCAGAGCCACUGGCGCCUGAGUACCCCGAAAUGCCGUCGACACUGACCUUGCCCAGCAAUGCGACAUCGAUACGCGCCGACAUCACCGAUAGCUUCUCGUGCGAUGAUAAAGUUUAUGGUUAUUAUGCGGACGUGGAGAAUGACUGCCAGAUAUUCCACGUCUGUUUGCCGGUAACAUACGCUGACGGCAAAGAGAAUACAUUCCGUUGGAGUUUCAUCUGCCCCGAAGAGACUGUAUUCAGUCAGGAAUCAUUCACCUGUAUGCGUCGCGAAGAUAUUGCCUUCUCAUGUGAAGACUCUGUAAACUAUUACGAAUUGAACCGCAAUUUUGGUAAUACCGAAGAGCAGAACGCUAACUCCAACAAUGCGCAAGAACAAGCGGAAGCACAACCCGCGGAAACAGCUGAGACAGCCGAGCAAGAAGUGCAACAAGCCGUUGAUCCACAAGCAGCUGCUCCAGCACCACAACCAGCUAAGCCAGUUAAACCAGUGAAGGUGCAGAAACCCAAUCGUAGGAAGCCACAACCCAAACCACAACAAGACCAAGCUAUUUACCCCACGAACAAAUUGCCAUCUCUUAUGCCACUACGCAAGAUGCCCAAUGUCAGCCCCAUUGCGCCUGUAUCCGUACCCGCUGAAGUAGUGUCCGUACAAGCAGUUGAUGAGGACGAGGUAAAAGAAGUGCCAUCCCGUUACAAGAAACGCCCAGCUGUUUCAUACAAUAGCGAAAAAGAAGUCGUUGAAGUGCCUGCCCAACCUUUCAAAGUCGAGCUAGUACAUACUGUCCACAACCCGGAAUCAUACAAACGCAGACGUCCCACAUUUUCGCACAAGAAUAAUGUUGUUACCAAAGUGACUGAAGAUGUACCUGUCGCCGUUGAGACCGUACCCGAAGCUGUGGAAGUUGUGGAACCUGUUGUGCCAGCAUUGAAAUUCGAAUCAAACUUGGGCGCUAGUUCAGUACAGGCACAGGAAGAAAUUGAAGCUGUUGCAGAACCUGUAGAAUCGGUUGCCGUAGAAGUACCAGCUGUUGCUGAAGCUGAAAUUCCAGCCGUAGUCGAUGCAGAACCACAAGCUUCUGAAGCUGGUGAAGUUGCUGUGGAGCCAGAACAGACUUUGAAAACAAUCGCCAUACAACCACUUGUUCCAGAAGCUGAAGUUGCACAAGCGGAGGAAGCUUUUGUGGCGCCAAUUGAGUUAGCGCAACCAGUUGUGGAAGCCGAACCCGAAUAUGUAGCACCAAUUGUAGAGGAAAUUAAAAUUGAAGAACCUGUUGCUGAGGAAGUUUCAAACGUAGAAGUAGCACCAGCGGAAGAAGUGACAAAAGUUGAGGAACCAAUAGUGGCUGAGUUACCAGUAGCAGUUGAAGCCGAACCAGAGAAGGAAGCACAAAAUGAAGAACUAGCUGUUGAAGCAAUUGAACCAGCUCCUAUUUCUGAUGCUGUUGUGGAAGUACCAGCUGAACAACAAAUCAAUGUAGACACACCAGCACAGUCUGAAGAACAAGCUCAACCCGAACAACUUGCCGAAAACGCCGAGGAUCAAUUAGUUGGCGCAUCUGAACCAGUUGCUUUGGAAGCUGAGCCCGCAGUUAUUGCUCCAGUUGAAAAUACAGAAGAAUCUUUGCCUGCUCUCCCCUCACUUGAGGAGUUGGAAGAACAGAAGCCAGCCGAUGCUGUUGAAACCAUGCCUGCUACACCUGAAAUGGAACAACAAGAUCCCAUUGUGCAACAAGCUUUCGAAGACAAUGACGCUCACUUGCAGACUGUUGGUGGUUUCAAACCCGUAGACCCUGAAGUCGCUGCUGAAGCUGAAGCACUUAUUUCAGACUUCAUCAAUACCCUAAAGAGCGCUCACCCACAUGAGAAACCCGUCCUACCUGUGCAGCUGGAAGAGGAAGCACCAGUAGCUUCUGCUGAAAGUGAAGAUGCUAAAAUUGAAGUAGAAGCACCACAACAGAGUGAAGAGAUAAUUGAAGCAGUAGAAGCACAGCCAGAAGAAGUACCCGUUGAAGCUGAAGCUGAAGCCAACUUUUUGAAAACCGUAGCUGCUGAAGAACCAUCAGCGGUUGAAGCUGAAAGUGAACCAGUUGUAGCUAUAGAUGUGCCAGUCGCUGAAGAGGAAGUGAAAGUUUCACCACUGCUUAGAUUCCCCAUCUCCAACAGUUACCCCGCCAACAUGUAUCAGAUUCCAGUAACAGUCAUUCAAACACCCUACGAAGAGGUACAAAACGCCGAAGCGGAAGUACAAGAACCAGAGCAAGAAAUCAAUGCUGAAGAAGUAAAAGCUGAAGCAGUACAACCUGUAGAAGAAGUUGUGCCAGCUGUAGCAGAAACUCAAGAGCAAUUGAAAUUCUUGCCCGAACAAACUGUAGCAGAAAUUACAGAAGAACAAAAAGCAGAGGAUAUUCCAGCUGUAGAAAGCCAGCCAGAAGCUCAACCCGCUGUUGCUGAGUUGGUGGAAACCGAACCUGCUGUCGCUGAAGCCGUCCAGCCUGCACUAGAAGCUGUACAACCAGUUCUUGCCGAAGCUGUGGAGAGUGUGCCAGAAGCUGAACCAGAAGUUGCACAACCCGUCGCUCCCGUCGCCUACAGACCCAUCAGCAUCGAUGACAUCGUUGAAUUGGUGAAAGAGCGUUUAGAUCAAGCGCCCGCCGAUGAGAAAGGUGCGCCCAUGGAACUGGUUGUAGACUCCAGCAACGCCGAUGCGCCCGUUGAAUUGAAAUUUAGUUUGGAAAAAGGGUCAGCGCCGCAAGAAGUAUCAGCUAAACAAACACCUGCCGAGGAUAUCAUUUUUCCCAUUUAUCAUCGAGUGUCCGAGCCGGAGGUCAGCGCUGUACAAGCACCAGAAGCUAUUGCUGCCGAAGAGCCCAGUGCAUUCGUAACGGAGCUCAAAAAGUUACCCGUUGAAGCUGAGGCCGUACAAGACGUAGUCGAACCGCUAGUGCAAACUGUAGACCAGGCUGUGCAAACCGAUGCCGACGAACUUGAAGCUAAUGUCGCUCUCAAGUCCGCAAUCAACGCCGAGACUGAGCAGGAGGCUGAAGCUGUGCCAGCGCCAGUUGAGACUGUGCAAGAAGUUGAAAGUGAAGCCGAAGCUGUAGCAGCACCAGUUGAGAAUGUGCAAGAAGCUGAGAGUGAAGCUGCUGUUGUGGCAGCUGAUGCGCCCGUUGAGACCGCAGCUGUUGAAGCUGAUGAAAGUGCGAAGGCAAAUCGUGCCUUGAGAUAUCGUAGCUUGAACAAAGCUAAGUUAGAUCCACGUAAACGUCGCUUCCUCUUCAGAUCGGAUGCCAGUUAGAUGCUGCAAACCACCUAUUUUUUAUGCCCAUUGUGAGCACACCCUGUAUGCCAUACAGGGUGAGUGUGCGCGUUAUGCGUACGCAACCCGCCCAUAAAAUUCCUACAGCUUAGGUUUCUAAUUUUUCACUACAUAAAUACAUAUACUUUGCUUUGCGCGCCACCAGUACGUACUACAACAAAUACAAACUCAUAGUUUGGGACUGAAAGCGUCGGCGUCGAAUUUUGGUUUUGCGCUGACUGUCUUAGACGGUGGACUACAGCUGAAGAGCAGAGGAAAAAAGCAAAAAAAAAAUACUACUCAAACUUUCUUUUCUUAUUUAAGUUAAACUAAUUUAUGAUUCUAGGUCUACUUACUACUACUUUUUUAUAUGAAAAA